GCUAGCUACGUUGUUUCCCUCCAUCAACAUUGAGCAGAGUCGUAAAGUCGGUUAGUUCAUGUCCAAAACCGACAGCAACGGACUCAAGUUGGCCAUAGAAACCGAGUCUUUCGAGUGAAGAUCUGUUUACCUGACGUUUGAGAAAGGAAACGCUGCAGAAUAAACGACCUAUGCAGGCUCUUUAGCAGUGCAAGAUGUUCAACAAAUCUUUUGGAGCACCCUUUGGGGCAGGGACUGGAGGAUUUGGGGCUUCAUCGACAUUUGGGCAGCAAAAUGCUGGGUUUGGAGCAGCAGGUGGCUUUGGUUCUUCAGCAUUUGGGACAACAAACAACACAGCUGGAGGACUAUUUGGAACCACUCAGAAUAAGCCUGGUGGCCUUUUUGGCGCAAACACUUUUAGUCAGCCUGUCACAUCUUCCACCAGUAGUGGUUUUGGGUUUGGUGCCACCAGUGGUACAUCAAAUAGCCUCUUUGGAAGCACCAACCCGGGCGGUGGCGGACUGUUUUCCCAGCAGAACAAUGCAUUUGGCACCAACAAACCUGCCACAUUUGGCACGUUUGGUACCAGUACCAGUACUGGUGGAUUAUUUGGGACAACCAACACAGCAUCCAACCCUUUUGGAGGAGCAUCAGGCUCUUUGUUUGGGUCAAGUUUCACUGCUGCACCACCUGGCACAACAAUCAAAUUCAAUCCACCAACUGGGAGUGACACAAUGGUGAAGUCUGGUGUGACAGCCAACAUCAACACAAAACACCAGUGCAUCACUGCCAUGAAGGAAUAUGAGAACAAAUCCUUGGAGGAAUUGAGGUUUGAGGAUUACCAGGCAGGGAGGAAGGGGCCUUCCAACCCCAUGGCAGCUGGAACAGGUGGUCUCUUUGGAGCGGCAGCCACAGCCACUCCCAGCACUGGUACCGGACUCUUUGGUGCUUCCGCUCCGAACACUGGCUUCAGCUUCGGCCAGAACAAGACCGCCUUUGGCACCAGCACAGGAGCCUUUAGCACAACCACAGGAGGGUUGUUUGGCCAGCCACAGCAGCAGCAGCAACAACAGCAGCAAGGUUCCAGUCUCUUCAAACCGUUUGGCUCUGCCACCACCACCCAGAACACUGGUUUCUCCUUUGGCAACCCCAAUACCAUGGGCCAGCCCAAUACCAGCAGCAUGGGUCUCUUUGGCAACACGGCUCCCUCACAGGCUGGAGGACUCUUUGGAAACACUAAUACAAGUACCGCCACCGGCUUUGGCACAGGCACAGGACUUUUUGGUCAACCUAAUGCCGGCUUUGGGAAUGUGGGUACACAGAACCUUUUUGGUAAUAAGCCUGCUGGCUUUGGCACCACCACCACUAGUGCACCACCCUUUGGCACAGGCACUGGUCUCUUUGGAAAUAAGCCUACACUCACUCUAGGAACUAACACAAACACAUCUACCAUUGGCUUUGGUGCAACUGGUACUGGUGGGAGUCUUUUUGGGAACAAAACUGCUGCAACAGGCCUGGGAACAGGAUUGGGAACAUUCUUUGGAGGAGCUGUAGGAACUGGGCAGACAUCAUUGUUUGGAAACAAUCAGAACAAGCUAGGCUCCACCCUGGGGUCAGUGGGUAUGUUUGGGUCUGGAUGUUUCAACACUGGAGCCAGCACUCUGAAUUUUGGUGCUCCUCAACAGCCUGUGGCUCUAACUGACCAGAGUGCAGCAGCUGCUCAACAGGCUGUCCUUCAACAGCAGAUCAGUGCAUUGGCCUACUCACCUUUUGGGGACUCGCCUCUAUUCAGAAAUCCACUGUCUGACCCCAAGAAGAAAGAAGAGCGUCUGAAGCCCACAAAUCCAGCUGCUCAGAAAGCCCUGACGACCCCGACCCAAUACAAACUGACCCCUCGUCCUGCCACACGUGUGCGUCCCAAAGCUCUCUCCUCCUCAGGCUCCUCCAAAUCUCAGCUUUUUGAUGGACUUGAUGAUGAUGAUGAACCAUCUCUCAACAAUGGGGCCUUCAUGCCUAGGAAGAGCAUAAAGAAGCUUGUGUUGAAGAAUCUAAACAACAGCAGUCUGUAUAACAAUUCUGUUAACAGAGAGACUUAUGACCUGGCUUCCCCUUCAGAGUACCCACAGAACGGACUCUGUUUGAGUGUGGAUGAAGGAGAGACCAGAGAAGUGACAGUGGAUAGAAGUGGGGAGGAUGAUCUGGAGGUCUCAAAGUUUUAUACCAACCCAAUCACCAAACCUGUUCCACAUUCCCAGCCAAGCCCCUUACUACAGGACACCAUCACUGAGUUUAAAAUGCGGGGAGCUUCCAGCUAUCACAAUGGCCUGGAAGCCAGCAGUGAGGAAAUCUCUCUGGUAGAGGAUUCCUUUCAAGAAGAGAGAGAUGAGGAACUGGAGGCUCAAAGACUUCCUCACCCUGCUGGUAUAGUUCUUGACCGUGUGGGCUACUAUACCAUCCCAACCAUGGAAGAAUUGGGAAAGAUGUUGAAUGAGAAUGGAGAAUGUAUUGUGGAGAACUUCACUGUUGGCAGGAAAGGCUAUGGGUCGGUUUUCUUCCCAGGUGAGGUGAACCUUACCAACAUGAACCUGGAUGACAUUGUGUACUUCAGACGUAAGGAGAUAAUUGUGUACCCUGAUGACAAAGACAAGCCUCUUGCGGGAGAGGGCCUCAACAGACGAGCAGAGGUCACUUUAGACGGUGUGUGGCCUAAUGACAAGACAACAUGCUCUCAGAUCAAGAUUCCUGAGAGAUUGAUUGAGAUGAAUUAUGAGGGCCGACUGGAGGCUGCCUCACGUAAACAGGGUGCUCGCUUCCUGGAGUACCGGCCUGAAACUGGCUCUUGGGUGUUUGAGGUGGCCCAUUUUUCAAAAUAUGGCCUACAGGAAUCCGAUGAAGAAGAAGUUCCCCCGUCUAAGGUCGACCUGAAGAAGCUGAAGACAGGCAUUCCCUCUGGGAUUCAGCAGCUUCCACUGACCCAGCAGCAGAUGCCACCACAGGCUCAGAGUACUGCAGUUCUUGACCUUCUCAGCCAUGUGUCAGAGUUGGACAGCGACAUGGCUGACAUUACUCAAGAACCCCCAGUGGACAGUGUUUUGGGUGAGGAGGAUGGAGAGAGCUGUAACAAACAGAGAGCUGAGGAGACUCCUGAACACGAGCCAGUUUCUGCCUCCAGUCAAAUCGCUUCUUCAAUGGGCAUCAACCCUCAUACCCUACAGAUCAUGAAGGCAUCUCUGUUUACAGAGGAUGAUGAGUGUGAACCGUUUCAAGAAAAUGGCUCCUCAAAAGUCCUGCUUUCUGGAAUUGGCCGCACAUCAAUUGGAGGCUUGCUACAGGCCAAGUUCACCUUGGGAGGAGGGCUCUUUUCUCAGUUGACAGAGGCUCCUUUUGGGGGAAUCCCUCAGAAGCUUGGUAAAACAGUUGCGUCUGAAGCUCCAUGGCCGUCAUUUGGCCCCUCCUUCCUGUUGCUCCCCCCUCCCCCAGAACCUAUUCUACGGACUGUGGGGGCCCGCAGGCUAGGGGGGCCUGUCCCUCUGGAGAGCUCUAUAACUGUGGGCAAAGGUCGUCUGCUGAUGGAUGCUGCUCUCUUUAAAGGCCGGUCUUUUAGAGUGGGCUGGGGGCCCAAUUGGACAUUGGUGCACUGUGGAGAUCAAAUUAGCAUCACCGAAGCCAUGAAGGAGCAGGCAGCGGAGAUCAUGGGAUUUGGCUUCUUACCCAAACCAACUAAGAGCAAACAUGAUCCUGGUAUGAUACAAAGUCUAUUUAAAGUGCUUGUGGAGCAGGUUGUGGGCCUAGAACACAAGGAAUCAGCAGAGAGCCUGGCUCUAUACCACAAACCACUGGAGAUCGGGCUGAAGCAUAGCACAAUCAACACUGAGGAACCUUGUCCCUAUAUUCAGCCAGCAAGAGGAGUGGAUGCUUUGCAUGAGUAUGCCGAGUGGAUUGUGGAGGUCAACAAAGAUACAGGAGCAGAAGAUGCUGGCUUAGCUCACUGGCGGCAGGUUUGGACUCUGUGUGCUGCUUUGUGGGGUCGUUUGAAUGACCAGGAGGUGGAGUCUGAGCAAAAUUCAGACUACCAGCAGCAGCUUGAGCGGCGUAGGAGCUUCUCACACUGGCUGUCUGAGAGCGCAGCCAGGUGCAUUGAGGAGGAGGUGGGCUUGGCACUGCAGCGCAACCAUGUUGAGGCCGUAUUCAGUUACCUAACUGGCCACUGCAUUAGUAAGGCUUGUGAACUGGCCCAGAAGAGUGGGGACCAUCGGCUUUCUCUAAUGCUGUCUCAGGCUGUGGGCUCUCAGUAUUGUAGAGAUCUUUUGGCUCUACAGCUCAGUGAUUGGAACAGAAUGCAGACAGACUCCUUCAUAGAAGAAGAGAGAUUACGAAUUUUCACUCUGCUUGCAGGCAAGCCAGUGUGGCAAUCAACAGAUUCCUGUAUAAAUGUUUGCUCUGAACUCGAUUGGAAGCGGUGUGUUGCUGUUCAUCUUUGGUACAUGCUGCCUUCCACUGCUUCUGUAUCUGAUGCUCUCGCCAAAUAUGAAGCUGCCUUUCAGGGCUCAGAGGAAGGGAAAAAGUAUGCUUGCCAUCCUUUACCUCCCUAUGUAGAUGAAAUUGAGUUGUUGGGUUUGGAUGAAGAAAUGGAGGAGAGCGAAUCCAAAAAGCAGCUCUACGAUAUCUGCUUCCACUUGCUCAAACUUUACAGCGAUAGACACUACAGCCUACAACAGCUACUAGAUCCCAGCACAGUAACGAUCGAUCGUCUGGAUUACCGGCUAAGCUGGCAUCUGUGGAACGUGUUGCAGGCUCUGAACUACAACCACUUGUCCACCUCAUGCCAGGGCUUGCUUCACACAAGCUAUGCCGCCCAACUGGAGAGUGCUGGACUAUGGGAGAUGGCUAUAUUUGUGCUGCUACACAUACAUGACUCUGGAUGUAGAGAGAGUGCUGUGCGAGAGAUUCUCAACUUACAUUGCUCCCUGGAGGAGACUGAAGAGUCAAUGGAGAAGGAGCGAUUUCUUACUGAAAAGUUGCUCAUCCCCAUCCAGUGGAUCCAUCAGGCCAAGGCCAUCCAUGCCUGCAGAGAGGGAGACAAACACAGAGAAGCCUUGCAUCUUUAUAGGGCCGGCCACUGGAAUCAAUGCCAUCAGCUGGUCAUCCAGCACCUGGCCUCAGAUUGCAUCAUUAAUGAUAAUCAUAAGUAUCUCCUUGAGUUCCUGGAGGGGUUGGCAGUGCCAGAGCGCAGUGUACAGAUUCAGGGCUGGGCCACAUCUGGUCGUGUCUACCUGGAUUACAUCCAUGUCAUCCAGACUUUGCAAGACAUCCAACAGACUGAGAGCCCAGGUUACGAGCUGGAGCGAUUACAUACUGAGGUGACAUCUCUAUGUGGUAGGAUAGAGCUCCUCCCUGGCUCUAAAGCAAAAGACAGACUUUCCCAAUCAGAGAUGGCCAAACGUGUGGCUAACAUCCUCCGGGUGGUAUUGAGUCUACAGCAGGGUGGUGAAGGCACCCCAGACCCUCGCCACAUCCCUCUUUGUCAGCUCGCCCCACACAUUGGACGUCUCCCCAUGCCGGAGGACUACGCUUUAGAGGAACUCCGCAGCCUUACUCAGUCUUACCUGCAAGAGUAUGUUGUCAGUCACUGAAUAUCAAGACAUGGACAAAGUUUCUUAAUCUGUUCUGCAGGGCUAUUAUGAGACUUGAGUUUGAUUGACUUUCUGAACUAAAGUUAUAUGGCUGUUUCAGGCCAUGAUUGAUGCAUAUUUAGGCACAAUACUUGUAAAUAAAGCAUUCUCUUGUGUAUUUUUUUUCAUUAAAUUCUAGUUUUUGUAGUCAUAGACACGAUUUAUGUGAGUGUGUCUUUGAUAAUUAAAGUAUCUUUUGAAUACUCUUGUCGAUUAAUAUUUUCCUUACCAUUUUAGAAGGGACAGUGCCAGAUUUGAGAUCUUUCCAUUUGUCUGUUGGGUUAAAGUUAACAUCUGGUGUAUUUAAAAUUAAAAAAUAGCAUUGUGUAAUGUGUUUAGUUGAGGCUACUUGUUCUCUGGCUCAUAACAAUUCAUUCAUCCUAUAAAAAUGGAUUUGGAUAUUCAGUUUUUUUUUUCCCCUCAAUCAUGGUGUUUUUAGUCUUAUUGUUAUGAUGUGCACACCAAUGAGUUCCAGUGAACUCUGUCAUGGGUUGCCUUAGUCUGUAUGUUGAAGCAUACAUUUGUGAUGUAAAUGUUAAAGGUUACUAAGCCUGAUUUAGGAUGAGCAUUGUUUUUUGGAGAUUAAGCAUUUGCUAUAAUCCAAAAAAAAAUUUGUUAAAGUUUUGCUAGAAUAUAAAUGCUAUUGAUAUGACAGAGAAUUUUAUAGAAAUAUAUUUUGGUGUUCAACAAUAUGUGAUUGGCAUUUCUUAUAAAACUUUAAUUAAAGUGACAGAAUUUCACAACAACAUUAAGUGAACCCUUAAUCCUCUCAGGUUUUGUUAUACACUACCGGUGUGUGUGUCUGUGUGUAUAUAUAUAAAAAAAAUUAUUCACAUUUUAGAAUAAUAGUAAAGUCAUCAAAACUAUGGAUAACAUAAAUGGAACCAUGGGAAUUAAGUUGUGACUAAACAAAAUCCAAAAUAAAUCAAAACAGUUUUAUAUUUUAGAAUCUUCAAUGUAGUCACCCUUUGCCUAGAAUUUGCAGACAUGUACUCUUGACAUUUUCUCCAACGUCUUGAGGUAUCACCCUGGGAUGCUUUUUAAACAGUAUUGAAGGAGUUCCCAUCUAAGUCAGGCACUUAUUGGCUGCUUUUCUUGAUUAUUUGGUCCAAGUCAUCAGUUUUUU